CGGCGUUUCCUGGUGACAGACCGGGUGCCGAGGCUAUGGGCAGCCACGAGGUGCUGGGCCAGGCGGCCCGGCUGGCCUCCUCGGGUCUGCUCCUGCAGGUGGUGUUUCGAUUGAUCACCUUUGUCUUGAAUGCAUUUAUUCUUCGUUUUCUGUCAAAGGAAAUUGUUGGCAUAGUGAAUGUAAGGCUAACAUUGUUUUACUCUACCACCAUCUUCCUGGCCAGAGAGGCCUUCCGGAGAGCAUGUCUGAGUGGGAGCACCCAGCGGGACUGGAGCCAGACCAUUAACCUCCUGUGGCUAACAGUCCCUCUGGGUGUGUGUUGGUCCUUGUUCCUGGGCUGGGUCUGGUUACGGUUGCUUGAAGUGCCUGAUCCUAAUGUCGUUCCCCACUAUGGAACUGGAGUGGUGGUAUUUGGUAUCUCAGCUGUGGUGGAACUUCUGGGAGAGCCCUUCUGGGUCUUGGCACAAGCACACAUGUUUGUCAAGCUCAAGGUGAUUGCUGAGAGCCUGUCCGUAAUCCUCAAGAGUAUAUUGACAGUUUUUCUUGUGCUGUGGUUGCCUCACUGGGGACUGUACAUUUUCUCUUUGGCUCAGCUUUCCUAUACUGCAGUUCUGGUGCUCUGCUAUGUUAUUUAUUUCAAAAAGUUGCUAGGUUUCCCAAAAUCAACCAAGCAGCAAACUCUUCCUGUCUCCAGAAUGACAGAUCUGUUGCCCAGUAUUCUGAGAAGUGGAGCUUUUGUAAAUUGGAAAGAGGCUAAAUUGACUUGGAGUUUUUUCAAACAGUCUUUCUUGAAACAGAUUUUGACAGAAGGGGAGCGAUAUGUGAUGACAUUUUUAAAUGUGUUAAAUUUUGGCGAUCAGGGUGUAUAUGAUAUAGUAAAUAAUCUUGGCUCCCUCGUGGCCAGAUUAAUUUUCCAGCCGGUAGAGGAGAGUUUUUAUAUAUUCUUUGCCAAGGUACUGGAGAGAGAAAAGGAUGCCACACGUCAGAAGCAGGAGGAUGUUGCUGUGGCUGCGGCUGUUUUGGAGUCCCUGCUCAAGCUGGCCCUGCUGGCAGGCCUGACCAUCACCGUUUUUGGCUUCGCCUACUCUCAGCUGGCUUUGGAUAUCUAUGGAGGGGCCAUGCUUAGCUCGGGAUCAGGUCCUGUUUUGCUGCGUUCCUAUUGUCUCUAUGUCCUCCUGCUUGCCAUCAAUGGAAUAACCGAGUGCUUCACAUUUGCUGCCAUGAGCAAAGAGCAGGUCGACAGGUACAAUUUCACAAUGCUGGCCCUGUCAUCUUCAUUCCUGGUGUUAUCCUAUCUCCUGACCCAUUGGUGUGGCAGCGUGGGCUUCAUCUUGGCCAACUGCUUUAACAUGGGCAUUCGGAUCACACAGAGCCUUUGCUUCAUCCACCGCUACUACCGUGAGAGCCCCUACAGGCCCCUGGCCGGCCUGCGGUUGUCGCCAGUCCUCCUUGGAGCGUUUGCCCUCAGUGGUGGGAUUACCAGUGUUUCAGAGGUUUUCCUCUGCUGUGAGCAGGGCUGGCUGGCCAGGCUGGCGCAUGUUGCCGUGGGGGCCUUCUGUUUGGGAGCGACUCUCGGGACAGUGCUCUUCACAGAGACCAAGUUGGUCCACUUUCUUAGGACUCAGUUAGGUGUGUCAAGACUUACUGACAAAAUGACAUGACCUUAGAGAUUCACUGACGCCUGUGCACCUGGACCAGCUGCCGGCAGAACAUGUUUGUGUCCUGGCUAGCAGAGUCCUGCGGAAGGGUCUGCAGUGGAAACCCAGGCAGAAUAAAGUAGGGCAAAUUCUACAUGGCAAGUAUCAUGAGGCCGUUCCACUGGCCCGUUACUUCCAGCACUGGUCAUCAGCACACCUGGAUUCUGGCCCCACAACAGGAAC